AUGAAGCGCAACUCAGAACCCGCAAAGUGCAUGAACGGGACCAAGGACCUCCAUGAGUCUGCCGAAACAACGAUCCCCUCUCCCCCAAGACUACUGCCUCGGUCUUCAACAGAGGAAUACCCAACCUCUCAUUCCAUAGUGAGCUCAUCCAGAGAUCGGAUCCCGCCAUCUGAGCUCGAUCGCCUGCCAACUUCACCGUCUGUGUCAACUUCCCUACCCCCGCUACCUGCUGCAUGGGAAGGUACAGAAGACAUGAAGAUAUGGCUUCACGCCAAGAUUGAAGAAGACCGGCACAAGCAGCAAGAAGAAAUGACGCAACAGGCUAACUUAAUGCUGGAGAAGCGGCGUAUCGAGCAGUCAAUGUUGUCGGAUGCCCUCCGUACCGGUAUCCCACCGAAGCUGGUCCCAUUAAUCUUCAACGGCAUCUAUACCACCGGUGCCGAUGAACUGCAGAGGCAGCUCUCUGUGUCGGAUUUCAGACCUGCUACGCCAUCUGUGGUACCCCAAAAACCAAAUCAGGACCCUACACCACCAAAAAGACCCUCAGUUGGAACCAAGUCACCCCAGCAAACUCCUCAGCGGGCUCCUAAGCAGCCUUCUCGUGCAAGGAUAUGUGAGCUUUCACCAACAGCCACAAGCUAUCUACCAGAAACGCGCCACUCUCGGCGGUCAAUUGAUCUGUCUGAUCGACAUCGCGAGCGAAUGAUAAGCUCUGAGCGAGAGCGGCUAAGGCGAAAGAUGAAAUCGCAGAACCUAACAGACGCUGACAAGGACCUGCUGGAUACGGCGUUCGAACACACAUUUCCUGUUACUGAAUCUAUGAUUCAGGAUCAUUCCCCUCAAAUUAUGUUGGAUCGUCCCGGUCUGGCUUCCGAGACGUCGGAAGAACAGCAGCCAGCCCUCCAGGAAGCCCACCCCAAGUCAUUCCAGGAAUCGGCGCAGCAGCAACCUCGGUCACAACCCCAACUACAACUUCGAAUCCCGAGCAACCCUGUGGGUAACUCAAAUGCCCCAUUUCAUCUCCACCCAGGGCAGACAAAUUCCCCAAGCCCAAAGCGAAAGGAUCAGAGGUCGCACAAGAAGGUCCCUCCGCCUCAAUUUCGUCGAAAAGAGACAGUACUCGGUCAACGGGAUCCAUUUUAUGAGUCGCAGCUUGAUCGGAAGGAACAGCAUCACGAUUUGUCCAACACCGACGAGUCCACUACUUGUGAGGGUGGUUCUUCUGGGUAG